AUGGCUGGAGUGAUUGAAGAUGGUGUUAAUAAUGGUGUAGAACAUGUUGAGGAUGAUAUUGAUGAGGGAGAGGGAAAGAUCAUUGAAGAACGCGACAAAGAAGAGAUCUUUGUUAAACCUUUGUACUCAUAUUACUGCCAUUGUGGACAGGUAUGUCAUUAUUGUGGGUUUUCUUGAAUUUUGGGGCGUAAUAGACAAUGAUUUUAAUUAUUUUAGAUGGGAUUGAUCAGUGAUACGCCGCUAAGCCGAAUGCCAUUGAGAAAGCGAGACAAAGCUAGAGUUAUAGACCCAAAAUGGACAUCAGCAAGGCUUUUUGUCGAACAAGGAGAGACAUUUUAUGUUAGAAGGUAAGCAUUUUAUUGGAUUUUUGAUUUUUAGGCAAGAACUUUUAUUGAGUAAUAAAGAUGUCUAAAGCAAUAUAUUUUAAUUUAUCAAGCUGCAAGUUAAAAUUUUUAACUGAUGUGAACGAAAAAAUUUAUUUCUUAUCGUUUUAGACAAUUCAGAACAAGAGUGUUGAACACAUUUUACCUUUAACUAUCUUAUUUUAGAAAAGAAGGUCUAGAACAGCAAUAUCGAAGGCAGUGUAAGAAAUGUGGAGUGCCAUUAUUUUAUCAACAUCCGUUUAAUCUUGGUAUAACAUUUAUUUUUGACGAUGCUUUGUUAACAGCUAAACAAUUGGGAGGAAAAGUGGCAAACAAUGAAGAACUGAUGACGAAGAUGGUAUUGACAAAACAUAUUCGAAAUCAAGGAAAAGUGGGGUCGGUUACCAUCUCAACAGUUGCUGAGGAGGAAGAGGAUGUUGAACAAGUAAGAACUUAUUUUAUUUGGAUUUUAGAUGACAUUCAUGGUUGGAUUUUGAAAUAUAAGACUUCAGGAGUCCAAACUAAGGCUCUGCUCGUAGUCCGGCCAGAAAAAUUAGGCUUUAAGAUUCACUUAUGCUGUAUGGACUAUGUGAAUUAAAGUAAAAUUUUUCAAUUUCAGCGUGACGCCUUGGAGACAUACACAUCAAACGCAAGGAUAGUAGAAGAUCAAAUGCGACGACGAGGAAUGGUUCGCCAACGUCUUCAAGGCGAUGAAUCUACAGCGCCAGAAGCCAAGAAAACCAAAAAAGGCACAUUGUUGUUAUAA